AUGUCGUUAAAUAAUUAUCUCAAUGAUCUUUACGGUACAGGAAGUGAUAAGUCCAAAAAGAAGAAGAAGAGUUCAGACAAGAAGGUUAAGCAGGACUCUGGUAGUCAAUUGAACAUCACUGAAAGCUCACAAAGAAGGUUCACCAAAAACGCAUCUACUUUUAAUGCAACUAAGGAUAAAACCUCUAAACCAAAGACUCUAUGGAAGAAUCUAGAUACCAAUGAAGUGAUUGAUCGGAAGAGUAGUCGUGAGGAUCAUGGUGAUGUUGGACAAGUGAACAAUAAAGCUAAGCUGUCUUCGGGAGCACAUGCUGGGUUACAGACAGCUGAACAAAUGGAUUCACAGAUUACACAGAAGGAAUUAGAUCAACGAAGGCAGAUCCAAAAAUCUCAGAAGAGCCAAGAGACAGUGUUCAGGGAUGAAAAGGGGAAUAAAAUUGCCAACUAUGAAGAAAUAUUGAACAAGGAGGAGAAAGAAAAAGAUCUUCGAGAAGUUGUUAGACAAAGAAGAAUAAGAGAAUUGAAUAUGGGGGAAGUACAGUUGUUUAUGGUCCAAAAUGGACUUACUAGAAUACCGAAGGAAAGAACAAAAGAGCAAUCGGAGAGUUUUGAUGAUCCUGCCAGGACGUUUGGUAUUUCAUCCCAUAAUCAUAAGGAACCAGUAUCACUUAUGGGGAGGAAACUUUACGCAAAUGUUUAUCCUGAGAACAGAUUUGGAAUUUCUCCAGGAUGCCGAUGGGAUGGCGUAGAUAGAUCAAACGGAUUCGAACGGAAAUGGUUUGCCAAACAAAAUGAACUCAACGAAAAAAAACAGCAGGAAUACGCUUUACGAGAAGACUACUAA